AUGAAUUCAAGUUACUACUCCUCGCAACAAUACAUUGAUUACACCAGAGCCUAUGUUUGGGCCGAGAGUAUCUUCGAUUUCUCCGGUUGCGCGAACGGGAAGCCCUCUCAAAGGGCAACCCCCAGCCAAGUCAUUGCAACCCCCAGCCAAGUCAUCGCAGCCCCCGUCCAAGUCAUCGCAACCCACAGCCAAGUCAUCGCAACCCCCAGCCAAGUCAUCGCAAUCCCUGCCUCGAUAUCCUCUUCCCAGAGCCCAAACUCACCAACGCCCGAUACCUCCAGCCAAGCAGCGACGACACCACCAUCCGCGGUGCCGGCGAAUACUGCAGAGCUAAGCGGAGAGAGUAUUAGUGUGCCUCAGCAUAGCAGUCCUUCCUCCCCAAUUCUUUCGACGUCACCCGAAUCGCGCGCCGGGCCCUCUCCCUCGCACGCACACACCUCCACCUCCACCUCCACCUCCACCUCCACCUCCACCUCCACCUCGAACAAAGAGAACAUUUUACCACUGCAAAAAGAUGCAGAUGCCUCCUCUGUCUCAGAGCAUCCAGGAUUCACCAUCCUCAGGGACCUGGAAGGACGGCUGCCUUGUUUCAAAAUGGCGCGCCAUCUAUAUGAGAAGGAGGAAAGGGAGGUACCAUGUCAGUGGGGCUUACCGCUAGGCCAAGCCCAUAAUCACGGUAUAUCUACCGUCGCCAGCAAGGCCCUCGAUCACCUUCAAAUGGUUCAUGGGCUGAACGCGCCAUCACUUCAUUGCCGUUUCCCAGGCUGUACGCAUACAGGUACCCUCGAGCUAUCUUCCCUCGGAAGACAUUUUGAGGGUCCCCAUCUUCACACAAAGGCGGUCUGCAAGCUCUGUGGAGGUGGGAAGUUAGCUCGCGAGGGAGGCGACCGAAAUCGGAAGCAUCUCGAGGCCCGCUGCCCUUUCACCGCGGCAGGGUCUGAGGAUGCCCUGAAGAAUAGGUUAAGAGGCAUUAUUCAACCCCUUCUUCCUCAAGGCCGCUCCAUUUCCGACUAUAUUCCCGCCUCCGGGCUCCCACUCGCAUCCUCCUCCUCCUUCAACCAUCCAGUCGCCAUGUCGUCCAAUCUCCCACUCGCCUCUUCUUCUUCCUCUUCUUCUUCCUCUUCUAUUCCUCGAUCCUCCGGGGGAAACAAGCCGACCAAGUAUCCGCCGACGCCGGCCAAGAGUCCGCUCGUCGUCACUUCAGCAAAGGCAGCUCUGAGCUUUGAGAUUAUACUCGCCACUCCUAUCACUUGUAUCUUGUUGGAGUGGUAUAGCAGGCCGGAUGAGAAACGCGAACGCUGGCGAUACAGGCGCGAUGCGACUACGAGCCCCAACAGAUCUGACACUCUUCAUCUUGAAAGAGCUCGUUCGUAG